AUGGCUAUUACCGAUCAAGUUGUUGACAUUAAAUACAGGAAAGGAAAAAGCAUAGCGUUGGAAGCCUCAGGAACCCUACAAGUUUCUUACCGCACAAGGUAUCAGAAAGGCCACCGGAACCUCGACGGCGCUCUACACUUGGACGUAGACAUUCGAACCUUUUCCGAGCCUUUGUUUUCUCUCCAAGUUCCAACCCAGCUACUCUCGUUGCCGGCUUACCACCAUGCCUACCUUUUACAAGAGGUCUCCAACACUCUCGCAAUGCACCUCGACGUUGAUCCUCAGAUCAACUACUUCGUGGCUCUCCACAUUGCGUCCCAGGCCACAGACUUGCUGACCAAGGCACACCCUUUUGGCUAUUCCAUUGCAGCCGAGGUAGAACUCAUUGACAUUGAAAAGUUGGGGACUGAUAAUGAUGAUGAAGAUGGUGAGGAUUUUGGCACUUGCUCUGUGUGUUUAGAGGAUUUUUCUUCAACAGUUGGGUCCACGAUCGUUAGGACGGACUGCGCACAUUUUUAUCACGAGUCUUGCAUUCUUCCUUGGUUGAUGAGGCAGAAUACUUGUCCCACAUGCCGCAGUCAAAUCUGCGAAUAG